GUGACAAUAACGUGCCCAGUUCAUUGUCAAACAAAAGAAUAUACGCACUGUGAGACACAGUCAUUGGAGGAAUAUCAAUUAGAAUUGCUUGACAAAUUGUACUUGCUCAUAAAAGUCUGAACAUGAUCAAGUUGAAGCAGUGUUUACCAUGGUUACUACUGGCAGCCGCCAUCUCCAUGGUCUAUUCAGCUCCAGUGGACAUUAAUGAAGACGAGCUCACUGACGAGGAUUUAGCAGAUAGCCAUUUACUAUUGGAGUAUCAGCGAUACUACAGUCAGGUUGGGGAAAUUCUUACAGAUGAUCCCAAAGUAAUGGAAGAAUUGGACAAGCUCAGUAACCAGGAAAUAAUAGAUGGAAAUGUGAGUCAUAUUUUAAAAUUCGCUCACAAAACCGUUCGUGAUAAACUUGAUGAAUUGAAAACCCGAGAAAUAAAACGCCUCAGAAAAGCAAAGCAAGACAUUGAUAGGAUCGAUAAGAUGAGAAAAGAAGAAUUUAAAAAAGGAGCCAUGGAGAAGGAAAUCCAGAGGAGGAAAGAACUUCUUAAUUUGACUUCGAAUGAACGAAAAGUACAAGAAGAAAAGUUUGCAGAAGAAAAGCUAAAAGAAGGCAAACAUGAAAAGGUCAACCACCCAGGUAGCAAAAAGCAAUUUCAAGAAGUUUGGGAGAAAACAGAUCACUUGGAAAAAGAUUAUUUUAAUCCGAAGGUGUUUUUUACUAUUCACGAUGUCAACGGCGAUGGUUUUCUGGACAUGCACGAAAUGGAGGCUUUACUAAUAUUAGAGGUUGAAAAAAUAUAUGGCAAAGACGGCAACCCUGUGGAGAUUAAAGAAGAACUUUCAAGAAUGAGAGAACAUAUUUAUAAUCAGAGUGAUAAAAAUAAAGACAACCUGAUAAGUAAGAAAGAAUUUUUAGAAUCCCUUGUGGAAGAUCAAGACGAAGAAGGCUGGGAGGACUUACGCGACAACCCCAUUUACACAGAAGAUGAAUUGAAUGCGUACAAGAAAAAAAUGGAAGUGCUCCAAGAACAAGUAAAAGCCAAUGUGAAGAGGCUAAAACAAGAGAGAAAAAAUAAAAACAUGGCAGAAAAGGUUGAUGAUAAUGUUGUCAAAAUGGAGGUAUAA